CUCUCGUUCAUAGUCGCCUUGGUAAAUCCUUCUUCUCUCGUUUUUUUCGUGUCUGUCUGCAUGCAUGCAAUAUAAUCUCAAUCUAGACUUUCGUUCAACACACACCAAACACUCGCUGCAGCAGAGCUUGGCUCCAAAAGCUUACAUCCCGCCAAGCGUCCCGUUGACGCCGAGCAAUUGCUCGUCACCCCGUUAACACCCACCAACCCAAUCUUUAAUUUGCUCGGGCCUGUCUGCGUAUGCGUCAGGAUCUCGAGUCGCUGCCGCAAACAUGAACGGGUAUCGCGGAUAUGGCGAGGGGGACCAGGACAGGGAGUAUAGGGAAAUGGUUGAAAUCGACGUCCAACGUCAGCAAGACCAAGCACAGCAGCAGCAGCAGCGUCAACAACAGCCUCCGCAGCAGCAACCUCAAGAUCAGUUCUACAACCAAGACCUUCACUCGCCUUAUGGUCCCCCAGAGCCUCAGCAGUAUACACCCUACUCACCCUAUCAAGCUCACGACGACUUUCAGCAGCAGGGCCAAGGCCGCUCCAUCACUGAGCAGAGCAGGCAGACACCGAUGAGACCGUCUCCCGCACACAUCGAAGACUACGCUCCUGCCCCGGCCCCCGAAUGGCCUCUGUCGCCAGCCGGUGGUAGCCCUCAGCCUGGGCACUACUUCAACGAGACCCCCGUGGACUCUAGAUCGGCCACUCCCUCUCUGAGGAGCGGCCAGGCUACACCCGGGCACAGGCAUCCCAAUUCUUCAGUCGACUGGAGACCUUCCAGCCUAAUGAACCAGAGUCACCUGAGUCUCGCCGCACUCUUGCCAGGAUCUACGGCUCGCAAUUCGUCAAAGGACUUUUCUGUAGAUGAGAGCGCCAUCCAGCAGGUUCACAAGCGGGAUGACUCGGACAUUUGGAAGGGAUGGAAGCGCUGGGUCUUCAAGCUGGUGCCCCUCCUGACCUUUGCUAACACGGGUUUGUACAUGGCCUACCUCACCCUGAGAAUCGCCUGCGUGAUAUGGGCGCAGAAUGCCGCCGGAGAGACAUAUGCAGCCGCUUGGGUUUUUAUCGCCGUCGAGAUUGCCGUCGCCAUUCCUUCGCUCAUGCACAACACCUGGACCAUGUGGUCCAUGAAGAAGAGGCAGCGUCCCAAGUUGAGGCUGACUGGCAACGACGUGCCCACCGUCGACGCCUUUAUUACCUGCUGUGGUGAGGAUGACGACCUCGUCAUGGAUACGGUUCGUGCCGCCUGCGAUCUCGACUACCCCCGUGACCGCUUCCGAGUUGUCAUUCUCGACGAUGGUAAAUCCGCCGGCCUCGAGGCCCAGUGUGCCAAGCUCGCCCUGACGUAUCCCAACCUCUACUACAUGGCCCGAAUCAAGGUCCCUGGUCAGCCGCAUCACUUCAAGGCCGGUAACCUGAACUACGGUCUUGACCAGGUGCAUCUGCUUCCCGGAGGAGCCGGCCAGUUCAUGGCGGCUCUGGAUGCCGAUAUGAUUCCUGAGCGUGACUGGCUCCGUGCUGUUCUCCCUCAUCUCGUCGUCGAUCCCAAGAUGGCUCUCGCUUGCCCGCCUCAGCUGUUCUACAACACUCCUCGCUCCGAUCCCCUCGCCCAGAGUCUCGACUUUUUCGUCCACGUCAUCGAGCCCAUUAAGGACGCUCUCGGUGUUGCCUGGUGCACUGGUUCCGGUUAUGUCGCUCGUCGUGAGGCCCUUGAUCAGAUUGGAAACUUCCCACUUGGUUCUCUGGCUGAAGAUGUUGCUACGUCUACUCUGAUGCUUGGAAAGGGAUGGAAGACGGCCUACGUCCACGAACCCCUCCAGUUUGGUACUGUUCCUGAGGACUAUGGCAGCCAUCUUAAGCAGCGAACUCGAUGGGCUAUCGGAACUGUCGACACGUCUUUCAAGCUCAACUUCUGUCUGUGGGGUGACAAGGUCAAGCAGAUGACGGUUGCGCAGCGAUUCUCGGGUUUCCUGUAUGCUUCGCUCAGCAUCUACACCAUCCUGCUCACCAUCUCGCUCUUCGCCAUCCCCAUCAUUCUGAUCAUGCAGAAGCCUCUGGUCGCCUACGCUACCGACGAGCAGCUGCGAUGGCUGGUCCGAGCCUGUUUUGCGUCCGUCAUUUCGAACCGACUGUGCGAGUUUGCCCUGUUCAUCCCUGCUGGUUAUCACACUGGUCAGCGAGGUUCCCGAUACCAGCUCUGGAUGUCGCCCUACAUUGCUCUGUGCAUCAUUCGGUCCUUCAUCCUUCCUACCUGGUUGGGCGGACAGACACAGGCCUUCAAGCCUACCGGUUCUCUUGGCUCUGCCCUGAACGAGCGUGACCCCAAGCUUAGAAAGAACAUGUUCCGCCGACUUUGGGGCAUCCUCAUGAACUACAUGGCCCUGUUCCACCUGGCAUUUGUCUACCUGACUCUUGUCGCGGUGGUGCUGACAUCAUUCCGGUCAUUCUCGACUCAGGACACGACUCGCGGUGUGCUCGUGGGGCUGCUCACGCACGCCUUCUGGCCGCCACUGACGUUCCUCUUCAUCUGCAGCUCUCUGUGGACACCCAUCUCGUACGCCAUCGACCCGCCUGCGAUGCCGGACCGAGAGGAUCUGCUCAACCGCGAUCCCAAGACGCAGGUUGCUCACCCGACCAAGGCGAGCAAGAAGAUUGCCUUUGGUGGACAGGCUGCGUGGUUCGAGCUCGAGUACACCGUCACGACCGCCUACACUUGCCUGGUGUUUGUCGCCUCGUUCAUCUUCUAAGAGGGGGGUUGUAAUCACGACUGUAACGAUAAUGUAUGAGGGGGCAGAAGAGGAGACGAAAGAAAGGCGGUCGGGUUAGGCGAGCAGGCGUCCUUUGAGGCAGGCAACCUUUGGGAGGCAAGCAAUCUUUGAGAAGGACGGAAAGAAAGAUCUGAGGUCAUCAUUUGAAGGCGCAACGUACGACAUUUUUGGGUAUCGGUUUUUAGUAUAUACGCACAGAGCAACAUCAUUGUGUACCGCAACAUUAACAUAUAGAUAGAGGGGACAACAAGGGGGAACGAAAGGACGGACGGACGAACGAACGGUCAAGGCCCUGGAGGACGAUCUGCACGCACGAAUGUCCCAAGCGAGGCUUUUUAAUAAUAGAAUGCAUUGAAUUGAAUUGAAUUGAAUUGAACCC